AUGUUCGCUGCUCGCUCUGCCUCCCGGAGCCUCUUUGCUGCUCGGCCACUGGUUCAGUCAAGAGCCGCCCUGUUCCGAAGAGCAUAUGCCACUGAGCAGAAGAAGAUCGCCGAAUUCAAAGGGAAGAAAAAUGCAGCUGGAAACUACACAGUAACCUUCAUUGAGGGUGACGGUAUCGGCCCCGAGAUUUCCAAGUCAGUCAAGAGCAUUUUUGCUGCUGCUAGGGCCCCUAUCGAGUGGGAAUCCGUCGAUGUGACCCCAAUUUUGGUAGACGGAAGAACUGCGAUCCCCGAUGCUGCGAUCCAGUCCGUCAGGAAGAACUUGGUCGCCCUCAAGGGACCCCUAGCUACCCCCAUCGGAAAGGGUCACGUAUCACUCAACUUGACUCUUCGUCGUACCUUCAACCUUUUUGCCAACGUCCGUCCUUGCCGCUCUAUCGCCGGUUACAAGACUGCGUAUGAUGAUGUCAACACUAUCCUCAUCCGUGAGAACACCGAGGGAGAGUACUCCGGUAUCGAGCACGUCGUUGUCGACGGUGUCGUUCAGUCCAUCAAGUUGAUCACCAGGGAGGCUUCCGAGAGGGUUCUGCGAUUCGCUUUCCAGCACGCCCAGAUGAUUGGAAGGAAGAAGGUCCGAGCUGUUCACAAAGCCACCAUCAUGAAGAUGAGUGAUGGUUUGUUCCUGAACACCGCAAACGAGAUCGCUAAGGAGUUCCCGGAUAUUGAAUUCGAUGCUGAGUUGCUGGACAACGCUUGCUUGAAGAUGACUACCAACCCCGAUCUCUACUCCGACAUUCUCCUUGUUAUGCCUAACUUGUACGGAGACAUUCUCUCUGAUCUCUGCGCUGGUCUCAUCGGUGGUCUUGGUUUGACCCCCUCCGGAAACAUCGGAGACGAGUGCUCCAUCUUCGAGGCUGUCCACGGUUCUGCACCUGAUAUUGCUGGAAAGGACCUUGCCAACCCCACUGCGCUUCUCCUGUCUUCAGUCAUGAUGUUGCAGCACAUGGGACUCUCAGAGCAUGCCGAGAAGAUCCAGAAGGCCAUCUUCGCAACCCUUGCUGAGGGCAAGUCCUUGACUGGAGAUCUGGGCGGAAAGUCAACAAAUACCCAGUACGCCGAGGCUGUCAUCAGCAAGUUGUAA